AUGGCCACGCGUUCAGACUUGGUCACGAAAGAGCUCGGCAAAGAGUUGGGGCUACUGCAGGACGCCAUGGGCCAAUUCUCAAACAAUGUUGCCAUGCAGACCAUUCGCGAGGAAUUUGGUUGGGACGGACCCGUUGCUGCGAGUCGAAGCAUGGAAGGUGCGCAACUACAGCACCCUGGUGAAAGUGCACCACUUUUCUCUUCUCUGACGGAAGAGCCGGUGGCUGCAGCGUCGUUGGCGCAGGUGUAUCGGGGCACACUCACUGACGGAACCGAGGUUGCUGUCAAGGUUCAAAGGCCUGGACUUGCAGAGCUUGUAGGCCUUGAUUUCUACGUGCUCAGACGAAUCUUGUCCACGGUGAAUGUAUGGAACUUACUCAGCAUCGAAGCUUUGGACAGUAUGGUCGUUGGCAGAUCUGUUGAUGGCCCUCUGCCGGCCUACACAUUUCCACCUCUGAUAUGA